AGACCAUCGAAGGGGCACCCCCUCCGACGACUCGUGGCUCUCCCAAUCCGACAUCUACUUCGCCGCAACCUGGUGGUACUCCAGAAAACCCUGCGCAACAAACUCAAACGGGCUCCAAUUCGCAAUCUAACUCUGGCUCUAGUACCCAGACCGCUGGUAGUGGGGUCAGCCGUGAUGGUGAUGGGGAAACCUCUUCCCCAUCAGAAACAGCCCAGCAGAUAGGGGGUGCCGACUCCAAUUCCGCACCGAAUGAAGAAUAUGGUUCUCAGAAUUCUCAUCCAUUAGCGCCGUAA